AUGUGCUUAUGAUGCGAUUUUGUACUUAUUUGGAGGAUCUUAUUUUGGAGGAUCUCGUAGUACUAGUAAGUUCUACUUGAUUUAGGUCUAUAGUGGUUUCUCGAAUUUCGUACUUCUCGUUCACUCGGCUUUUAAUUUCAUGUUGUCAAACUCUCUUCGUCUUCCCUAUACGACCUAGUUACUAUCAAUAGCUACAUCUACAUGUUUCCAAACGGCCUCUCAUCUAAUCCCCGCCCUACCAGAACUACAAGCUCUACGCCCUCUCCCGCCGCGCAAACUAGCAGAUGUGGACGCUCUGAGUGGUUCAGCAGGUAACAACUUCCGACUGGUCCGUAAUACUACUGAAGCCUUUACAGUUGUUUGUGGAAGUUUCGCACAUAAUUCUGGUGAAGACGGGGGAGGGGAACAACAUGUGAUACCAAGUGGAGGAGGAGGAGCGAAGGCGAACAAUAACGACAAGAAGAACAGCGAACGCCUCCAGCAUCUCAACAGCGCGCUCAGUGGCCUUGCGACUUACCAUAGUGGUUUGAGUAUGGACUGCCAUGAUGCGGAGCGGGUUUGUCAACACCUGACAAAAAUCAUAGAUGAAGCCGUAGUAAGUCCUGAUGAAAACCCAAUAGGCUCUAUGGAUGAUCACGAUCAAACCUGUGCGGCUGAACAUGAAGUUCUCGACCAGCAAGAGCAAAUAAUAACUCGAACUCCUGGUCGUUUCUAUAAAUAUGACGACUACAACAUCACGACUAGAUUCUUGUUCGAAAAGAACAACGAUUCCAAACCUUCUACGUCUUUCCCGACCUACUACCACGAUCCUCUGUUGAAGAAAAGUAUUCGUGCGAUCACUGAUUUUUGCCAACUGAAGGAGAGGUCGCUCAAUGAACAGUGCAUCCGCUUACCUCACAGUGGAACGAAGCUCAAAACUACAAAACAGCGACUAAUACAGCAAGCCAGGAACUGGGCUGAGAGCGGUUUUUUUUUGGCUUUUCGGCCAUCUCAACGAGCUGGGAUGGCAGCGGCUGUUGCGGCACACCAGGCUGUUGCAGCGCAGGAGGAGAAAGAACAAAGGGGAUCACAACUAGGGCAGACUUCCUCAGCGUCGAUAUCCUUGCUGUUCCAAGAUGCGUUGUAUCUGCAGAAACAGAGUGAUCGGAUGUUGUCUUCUACCAGGAGAGGUACAACUAGUAUAACUAGGACAAGCGGAGGAAAAGGCGUUGAUGUUCUUCCGCACGAAUUCAUCGAAGAUGAAGAGCCACAGAAGAUGAAAAACUCUACCAAUGGCCGCAGAUCCCCCACUAGCGGUACGAGAGCGACUCCUCACGAUCUCGGCCCCAAACAUAAGUACGGAUACCGACCAGCUCUACUGCAGAAGCUCGAAAAAGAGUACCUUACAGCAUUAGAUGCCUGUGAAGCUGAAUGUGACGAGGUCAUAAACCAAGUCUCGACCGCCAUUCAAACUGAUUAAGGCUUCAUCUAAUUUAUAGUAUCCAUCUAAUUUACAGUAUCCAUCUUUGUUUAGAUCAUGUGCUGUCACAGGUUUUUUACUUAGUGUACUAGUGGCUGCAAAACCUCUUGAAUUAGAUUGCCAGGUUUUUUAGAUGAAGCAUCCUGACAACUACGUUUUCAAAGUAAGCGGGAAAUAAGGCACCGUGUGACUGCGUUCUCAAAGGAUGGAUCAUUUGGGUAAGCUCUAAACUGGGCUCCGGACUUUGAUUUUCGUCUCCCACGCCUUGGCCAGUGUCGCAGUGGCAUCGCUGCACGCGGAAGAAAGUCUCAGGCGAGGAUGGCAUAGUGUAGACUGGGAGGCACAUCAGCAGGCACAGGAACUAGAACGACCAACGAAAAGGAGAAAGAAGUCUAGAAGUACUCUUUCUAGUAAUUCCCCUACAUGUACACUGCAGAAGAAUAACCAUCUACAUUUAGAAAAUCUGCGUCCCUACUGGCUCACUGCUGGCAAUGCCGUACCCAACACUGUUGAGCUAGGCCGCAUGGGAAAAACAGAUGCGGAGCAUGGAAGAGAGCAUGACCAUGGGCAUGGAAGGAGCAAAAACAUAGCUCUUUUGACUGCUCCAAAUGCGUCGGGUAAAUCCUGCUUAUUGAGAUCCCUUCUUAUGAAAGCAAAAACAAAAAGUGUACUCGUCCGCGUCCUCAAAAAACUACCCCCCAGAAGAUUCUACGUAGGAAAGAGCUGCCUCUUUUGUUGAGUACUAUGAGUACGUUUUUUCUUCUCAUACUUCUUGCUGCCAUUCUACUCCAACACUGUGGCCUCCACGCGCCUUGUGGCCCAAAGUCAAAGAUUCCGCAUUUUGAGAACCUUCUCGCUUUUCAACCAACUGGCGACUGCCCCAUAGAAAAUCGAUCUGCCUUUGAAAACGAAGUGGUGCAGAUGUCGGCAUUGCUGGAAGAGUGCCAAGUGGUUCAAGCUGGUGACGGAAGUCGAGGAGGGCGAUCUUUUGUUUAUGACGAUCAUGGUAGGGGGUAUUUGAUGGCUUAAUUCUCGAUUUCAUCAUCUAGUACAGAAUGGAGUAGCGGCUGUGUCUGCAGCAAACAACUCAAUAUUUAUGACGAUCAUGGUCAUGUUAAUGUUUACCUUCACUUAUACAACCACGUCAAUGGUUUCAGCAAUGUCCUAAUGAUGUAAACGUACUACAGAAAAAUCAGUUAUAAUUGUUAUGAUCGGAUGAAAAAUUCAAAUUUCUCUGUUUUAUUAUCAUCAAUGUACAUCGUCAACUUCAUCUAGUACUACUGCAGCUACUAUAACUAUUUCCGCUUCAUCCACCAUCUAGCACUUCUACCGUCUCUUCUAAGCUCUCGUCAUCGACGAAUUUGGACGCGGUACGAGUGCACGUGAAGCAUCUGCUCUGGCGGCAGCGGUGAUGGAGCAUUUGCGGGAUCUGCAGUCUGUCACAGGCAUCUUCGCUACACAUUUACACGAACUUUUUCGUUUUCCUGCUUUUCAACAGAGUGGCGUUCAUGAUCUUCAUAGUGCUGGAGUUUUUGAAAAAGCAGAUGAAGUAGAAGGAAGCGAUUGUCGUGCUAGUACUGGAGUACAAGAAGCAGAUGAAGUAGAAGGAAGCGAUUGUCGUGCUAGUACUGUGGCUUCUUCCAGUUCUUUCACAUUCUGGCGAAUGGCUAGUGGCUAUCGCAUGGAGCCUGGCGUAUGUGUCGACAGUGAAGCCCUUCGUUGUAGCAUUAGAGCAGGUCUGCCGGCAUCGAUUUGUCAAAGAGCUAAUGAGUAUUUGGAAAUGACGGAGUUGGAGAUGUUGACGGAGGCGUCUUCUCCUUCUCUUUUGACAACUGAUGAAUAUCAUGGAGGUUCCAGUACUAGCCGUCCUGCUUUCGAUUCUGGAGAUCAUCUUCACUCAUCUGCUACACUUCUAGUACCUAAGUCCCCCGACAACUCCGUUCAGCACCACGAAUCAGUCUCAGAAAUAUCAGACAUGCUUUUUCCAUCCCCGGAAAAGGAAAACGUCGCUCUCUCCGGAAAGGAAAGCGCUUAUAGAGGCAACGACGGCGUAGUACGCAAGUUCCUGAACUCGUUACUAAUCAAUGACACAGGCAAGACUAUUCCAUCUUCAACAACAGGCACGACUGCAACAACGCAGAUUCACGACCUCUUACCGACGAUGAGACCUCCUGCUAUUCUAGGGGCCAGUCCUUGUUGCCUCUACGUGCUACGACUGCCGAAUGACACAUGGUACGUUGGCGAGACAGCGAGCUUGCGACAGCGACUGACGUAUCAUAAACGAGACUUAUGAUGUCACUGUCAGGCAGUGGCAGAAGAAAAGAACAGUAUAACUUACUUUUUACCAUAUAGUUAUUUAAUACGCAACUCUCUAUUUUCUAAUCCUAGUAGGACAACCCUCUUGUCCAUCCACUCUCUUGUCCAUCCGACCUCGUUCAUUUACUACACCUUUAUUUUUCCCCUUCUUCUUUGUUCAUAUCACAAGCGUUGGGUUUUUGGCUACGUGGUUGGCGUAGGAGACAAGAGCCGUGCUCAGUUUCUGGAGACUAGCUUGAUUCGAAGCCUCCAGGCAGCAAAGAUUCCCUUACAUUCAGCAAAAGACGGCCACAGGCGCAGUGCCCUUCAUGCGAACUAAUGGGAAACCGAACAAAAAAAAACCGUAAGGAUGUUGACGUCGAUGAAGCAUGUUGACGUCGAUGAAGCUGUAUGUAAAUGUACCUAAAGUGCAGAUGAAGAAGCCGGAUCUAAUGAAUGAAUGCGGGAAUCAUUCCAUUUACCUACUUUGUUCGUCUUAUCAUUUUUUUUUGAAUUAUGUCCACGUUGAUGUUGAAUGAAUUAUUCGAAAACUCAAAAUAAGCGAGUUACUGAUAGAAAUAAGAGAGUCUUGACUACAUUCCUCUUCUUUCAGUAUUUCCCUUAUUUUCCCUAGUUACUCGCAUAUUUCAGCUUUUCCAAUAGAGAUGUAUCCACUUCAUCUGCCUCUAAUUAUGUUGGAUAAUGUACAGAAAUAAAGAUAUUAACAAGAUCAAAAACACUCGUUAUAGGUAUUUUGAUGAGCACCCUCUUUUUCUUAGAAAAUCUAUUGAGAUGGGUGUACGUAUAUGAAUUUGCACAGGAGUAGUUCAUCACGUCUACAGAUCCUCCAUUUUUUUUUUGAGUUUGCACAGAUCCUCCACGAGAACAUAAUGCUUACGCAAGAAUGUUGACUCUACUAGUACUAGGCAGUCAGUAACAAGACAAACACAAAAAGAAGUACGAGUAUUUUUUUAAGUAGGAUUUCUUUGACGACGAGGUCUAGAUGAACGCGUAUUUUGAUUGCUUUCUUACUUGUUUCGAUAGUUUAUCCGUGCCUGAUCAGCAUAAUCCUUGAAAGUGUGCUGUCGGUGGUGUAGGGUCUAUGGUUUGUUGUUGCUACUUUGCGGUGUGUUCACGUGUUAAAAUCUGAGAUCUGAGGUUUCGCCUUCACGUCCCUGGCGGCGUUUGAAAGACAGAGAUGGACGACGUUAUUUGAAAUAUGGUGCGCUUUUCAUUUUCUUUGUCACAUCAACCUCUAUUAAGCCUGUCAUCCUUUUCCAUGUCUUGGUCUAGGUCGACGAUUUUUUCAUCUCUUAUGGCACCCGUUUACCCUCAAAAAGUCCUUGUUUAAACUGCGAAAUGCUAACAAGGCCUACGUGGUGGAGCUUAUCUGAUUUCGGGUUUGCUACUCGUAGUUGACUUUUUAACUUUCAAAACUUUCUGUAGGUGGUUCAUCAGUAUAUCCACCAUCAGUUGUUCGCCGUGUCGUACCCC